CAGCCUUCUCUUCUCCUCGAAACACAUGUCCGGUGCUAUUCCCUUGUCUGCAAUCCGGACUUCAGUGACCUCCCAAUUCCUUGCCGAAGACAGAGAAGAUACACCCGUAGGGAAUGUCGAGGAUCUCUUCCCAGCAUCGACGUCUUUCGACCAUGGCGGAGACGCGAUAGAACUCAUUCGCCCGCCCUGGAAAAGGGAUCUGUACGAGCUGCUGGAACAACCGACGUCCUCGCCCUCUGCUUUCCUGGUCCAUGUGCUGACUACUUCCUUGAUUGUCGUAUCUGCUCUGGUGACCGUGAUGGAGACCGUCCCCGCUUUUCAUCAUAUAUCUGGGGGUCUUUGGUUCGGCCUCGAGACAAGUCUGGUCGCCCUGUUCACAGUGGAAUACAUCGCUAGAUGUACUGCAAGGACGUAUACUCUGCGCGCUUUCGUUGGAUGGAUUACCUCAUUCUUUGGAAUAAUAGACCUGCUGGCUAUUCUACCCUACUACAUCGAAAUUGCUCUCCGGCAGGAUACAUCUGUUCUUUUCCGCUUUUCUAUACUCCGUACAUUCCGCCUGGUUCGCGUCUUUAGGCCUUUCCGUUACAAUAAUACGCUCUUAUUGACUAUCGAAGUCAUGUAUCUAUCUUUCAGAAGAUCCCAGCAUGCUCUCCUGGCGCUCAGCUUUUUUGUAUUGAUGGUUCUAACAGUGUUCAGCACUCUACUAUACUUUGCGGAGCGGGGAACAUGGGAUGAGACUCUCGAGACGUUCAUCGACGUGGAUGGCGAUCCAAGUCAGUUUUCUUCUAUUCCUGCAGCUGCUUGGUUCGUGCUCGUCACUAUCACAACUGUGGGAUACGGUGAAAUUACACCCCGCUCUUUCCUUGGACGUCUUAUUACGCUACCCCUACUGCUCUUCGGUCUGCUACUUAUCGCUUUACCGAGUUUUGUACUCGGUAGGGAAUUCAGUAUCGUCUGGGCAAAGAUGACGAAGAAUCAGAACAUAAAUGAACCUCUGGUAUCGGCAUCUGUGGCCAAUUUCCAUGACUUGCAGAACCCUGCUCAGUCCGACAUCUCCCGCGACCUCUCAAAUCGAAAGCUUGCCCAAAACCAGGCGGAGCUCAGUCGGCAGAUUACGGAGCUAAGGACGGCCCUGCAGAUGCAAGGGGAGACUCUGAGGACAUUACUUGAAAUAAUGGAGAGUGAGAAGGGGAGGAUGCGCCCCAAUGGCGCUAUGCACAUAAGUUAGCUCGCGAUAAUGGGCAAUUGUUAGGUAUACCGUCUCAUCGAAGUUGCUCGGGUACAUUGAUUCAUGAGACCGCUUACAGUUAGUUCUUCGUAUGGGUCCGUGUGUAGACUAUGUGUUUAUAUGGGUAAUGUGGAAUCACGGAUACUUCUCGGACCA